AUGAAUAGUGGAGGACGAGUUGGCCUGAGUGCUUCGUCUUCGCGAGAAGAUCCUCCUCGUUCAAGAAACACAUCCGCACGACGAACGUUCUGUAAUCCUCAGGAUGGAGCGAUAGGAGUUUCUCCAUCAACGGCUGUUCGAGGUAAUGGUGGCCGUAGACGUUGGGCCUACAAACAAGAACCGCCACCGCAGGUGACGCACAUCGCAUGUACUCAGAACAAUCAAAACCCUUCUAUUGCGCGUCCGAAAACAAAAAUGUUUUCAAUAGUACGCGAGGGAAAUAUUGCGAUCGGCGACGAAUUUGCUGUUAUUGAGGAGAGGAAUCCACUAGAGGAAAAUUAUCCUUGUUUUCCUGGCUUCAUCAAUACGUAUACACAAAAAGCGAUUGCAAGAAGUCGACGAGAAAAAGAGCGGUGCGAACAGUUAGCCGCUUGUCGUUCUCAGGAUAGUAUUUCUAGUCGUCUGCGGUCAACUAUUCCAAGCUAUCAGCUACGUUCAGGGAUUUCGUGGCCUGGGCCACUCGAAGUUGCAGCGCCGCGAUCAGGAAUACAUCAUUGGGUUCAUCAGGCGAGCACGUUAAAGGAUGUCAGUUCCUGGAGCUCGUGGGUAACUGCGAUGACUCUAAAGUGCUUGGUUGCUGGGCUAUUGGAGAUGGUUCAGAAACAGCAGAAAGGCAGCAAAGUUCGCGUGCCUAAGUGUGUGCGUUUUGACGAUAAUUUAGCGAGGAAAGCUGCCGCGAGCUUGGAUGGGUAUAUUCCUCGUAACAAUGGCACUUCAUGUAAUACCCUUGGGCUGGAGUUUAUUUUGGAUGGAGAGACCGUAGAUGUGGCUCAACCAGUUCUCGUGGACAUGGCAGUGGCUCCUGUUGAUUCCGAUGUGACUUGUGUUUUAUAUGUCACAGCAGAGUCAAGGGUUACGGGACAAGGAAUUUCGUCGAUGUGCAAUGUAGUUUUACAACCGAUGUCUGCAUUAUGUACGGAUGAUGAUGAUUUUGAAGUUCGAAAUUCUCCCAUCUACAACAUUCAGUGGUCCGUAGAGUCAUCGGCGAUCUACAGUUGUGCAUGGAACUCUAACAAAACACGUAUAGCUCUAGGUAUGGAAGAGUCUGCAAAGAUUACCGAUGUGAUCACUGAGAAGUCAUUUACAAUAUCAAGCCGUCGUCGAAAUGUGAUUAGCCAACAUUUUGCUCCCGAUGGUAAUUUGAUAUACAUGGGCUUAAGAGAUAGCGAUGUAAUCCUCUCCGAUCUCCGAAUGAAAAGUCAUCAUGUGACAGGAUCACUGAAAGGUUCUCGCUCAAGUGGUUGGAUUCGCCAACUGCGCUCAUCGUACCCUCAGUGCGUCCUCAUAGAAAAUUUCCGAGGAGAGUUAAAGUUGUAUGACUCACGUCGAUGUGAUCGGGAACUAAUGUCAUUCAGCGGUCACAGGAACACUCACUUCCGUCUUCCAUGCACUGUCGAUUGCCAAGAGAAUUUUGUCUUUGCUGUUGGCAGUGAUGGCUGUACGCGUGGAUGGUCAUUGGCGUCCGGCGACUUGCUGUGUGCUGUUCCCUGUCCACGGCCUGUUGACGACCGAACUGACUUUCCGCGAGUCGUCUACUCUUCUGCUUGGGGCGGCCGAGCCGGCAGUUCAGCACUAGUGUUAGCUGUCGGCGACUCAUUGCGUAUACAUCAUCUCGAGCUUUGA